CUCAACUUGCGUAUCAUUCGCACAGAGUCUUACACAAGUGGUGAAAGGAUUGCGUAGAAUUACUGCUGAAUAAAAAAAAGAAGUACCAAUAUUAAGAGACAUAAAAGGAGACAAAUUUGAAGAUUCUACUGUGAGGAAAGAUGUCGUCCGACGAAAGCAAUUCUACUUUUUAUAAGAAGAAACAUAAUAUAAGUGAAAGUAAUGUGGACUCAAUAAUUGAUCUGGAAGUACGGACUCACCAGUCGACGGCUUCUUCUUCGUCAUCUUCCUUUUCUUCUUUUUUCGAUAACUUGGUCCGAAUAUGCGAGGUCCGAAAUACGCAAGGUUCCUUGGGCAUUUGCAACAUUUUAAGGAGGUGUGUUGAAAGCCCAGUCCGUUUGUAUAUGAUCAAAGAAGAGGCCCUUUUGUAUGGUCAUGAUAUUAUUUUUCGUGAACUACUUAAUUCACGACCCGAAGUAACCGGUAAGAUGAUUCUGGAAGUCUGCCGACUACUGGAGAUAUCGCCGCUAGAAAUCGACAAUCAGUUGGAGUAUAUAAAGCUGAUCCUGGAACGAGGAUUUAGGAAAACCAUGGAUGUUUGUUCUGUUAAUGGCAUUUCGUCUUUAGAUCAUUUAAUAAUGAUCAAAAAAGAGGCCCUUUUGUAUGGUCAUGAUAUUAUUUUUUGUGAACUACUUAACUCACGACCCGAAGUAACCGGUAAGAUGAUUCUGGAAGUCUGCCGACUACUGGAAAUAUCGCCGCUAGAAAUCGACAAUCAGUUGGAGUAUAUAAAGCUGAUCUUGGGACAGGAAUUUAGGGAAACCGUGGAUGUUCGUUCCGUUGAUGGCGCUUUAGCAGAUUUGAAUAUGAUAAAAAAAAAGACCCUUUUGUAUGGUCAUGAUAUCAUUUUUCGUAAACUACAUAACUCAUGGCCCGAAGUAACUAAUAAGAUGAUUCUGGAAGUCUGCCGACUACUAGAAAUAUCACCACUAGAAAUCGACAAUCAGUUGGAGUAUAUAAAGCUGAUUUUGGGACGGGGAUUUAGGAAAACCAUGGAUGUUCGUUCUGUUGAUGGCCCUUUUGCACAUUUGAAUAUGAUAAAAAAAGAGGUCCAUGGUCAUGAUAUCAUUUUACGUGAACUACUUAACUCACGACCCGAAGUAACCGGCGCUUUAGCACAUUUGAAAAUGAUUAAAAAAGAGGCCCUUUUGUAUGGUCAUGAUAUCAUUUUUCGUGAACUACUUAACUCACAACCCGAAGUAACCGGUAAGAUGAUUCUGGAAGUCUGCCGACUACUGGAAAUAUCGCCGCUAGAAAUCGACAAUCAGUUGGAGUAUAUAAAGCUGAUCCUGGGACGGGGAUUUCGGAAAACCAUGGAUGUUCGUUCCGUUGAUGGCAUUUCGUCUUUAGCACAUUUGAAUAUGAUAAAAAAAGAGGCCCUUUUAUAUGGUCAUGAUAUUAUUUUUCGUGAACUACUUAACUCACGACCCGAAGUAACCGGUAAGAUGAUUCUGGAAGUCUGCCGACUACUGGAAAUAUCGCCGUUAGAAAUUGACAAUCAGUUGGAGUAUAUAAAGCUAAUCUUGGGACGGGGACUUAGGAAAAACAUGGAUGUUUGUUUCGUUGAUGGCAUUUCGUCUUUAGAUCAUUUAAUAAUGAUCAAAAAAGAGGCCUUUUUGUAUGGUCAUGAUAUUAUUUUUUGUGAACUACUUAACUCACGACCCGAAGUAACCGGUAAGAUGAUUCUGGAAGUCUGCCGACUACUGGAGAUAUCGCCGCUAGAAAUUGACAAUCAGUUGGAAUAUAUAAAGCUAAUCUUGGGACAGGAAUUUAGGGAAACCGUGGAUGUUCGUUCCGUUGAUGGCGCUUUAGCAGAUUUGAAUAUGAUCAAAAAAGAGGCUUUUUUGUAUGGUCAUGAUAUUAUUUUUCGUAAACUACGUAACUCAUGGCCCGACGUAACCAAUAAGAUGAUUCUGGAAGUCUGCCGACUACUAGAAAUAUCACCACUAGAAAUCGACAAUCAGUUGGAGUAUAUAAACCUUAUCCUGGGACGGGGAUUUAAGAAAACCAUGAAUGUUCGUUCCGUUGAUGGCGCUUUAGCACAUUUAAAAAUGAUCAAAGAAGAGAUCCUUUUGUAUGGUCAUGAUAUUAUUUUUCGUGAACUACUUAACUCACGACCCGAUGUAACCGGUAAGAUGAUUCUGGAAGUCUGCCGACUACUGGAAAUAUCGCCGCUAGAAAUCGACAAUCAGUUGGAGUAUAUAAAGCUAAUCCUGGGACAAGGAUUUAGGAAAACCAUGGAUGUUCGUUCCGUUGAUGGCGCUUUAGCACACUUGAAUAUGAUCAAAAAAGAGGUCCUUUUGUAUGGUCAUGAUAUCAUUUUUCGUGAACUACUUAAUCCACGGCCCGAAGUAACCGUAGUAACCCGAAGUAAGAUGAUUCUGGAAGUCUGCCGACUACUGGAAAUAUCGCCACUAGAAAUCGACAAUCAAUUGGAGUAUAUAAAGCUGAUCCUGGGAAAGGGAUUUAGGGAAACCAUGGAUGUUCGUUCCGUUGAUGGUUUAGGCAAUACGCCGUUGCAUUACGCUCUCGAGAGAAAUUGGUACGAAGCUGCAACUCUACUUCUCAAGCAAGGCAGUUACCUCGGUCAGGUGAACAAAUUCAACAACAUUGUUAUCGCGAAUAUUCCAGAAUUCAUAUUGUCCAGCUAUUUUAAUGACUGUAUUCAAUUGAGAAAAGAAUGGACGGACGGUUGUACGAUCGAGUUCGACUAUCGUUGCUUGAUGCCGUACGAAAAUUUCGGUGAACAGCAGAAAAUUUCGCGAGCGACCUGUGAAAUGGGAGUAAUUUUGUAUAUCGCCAAUAACGACGCUCUGAAACAUUUGUUGAGACAUCCGUUAAUCUCGUCCUUUCUUUACAUUAAAUGGUACAUGAUACGGCAUGUUUUUUACGCAAAUUUUGUUUUUUACACAAUGUUCUAUUUCUUCGUGAACGCCUACAUACUAAGCAUGACUUACGACACAUCAAGUAGAAAUAGACAGCAAAUAGCUAAAGAUAGUUCUAAUACAUUGCAAAACAAUCUAUCAUUUUUGGCCAUGGGGAUGUUGCUGCUCUUCACUUAUCGAGAGAUCUUGCAAUUUUGCCCCCAUCCCGAACACUACUUGGCAGAUUUGAAAAACUGGUCACAAGUUCUGCUAAUUCUACUGACUUUUGCACUGCUGUGCGGCGCAGGACGGCAGAUCUGGGUCAUGGUUAUCCUGCUGUCCACCUGGGAGCUAAUGACUCUGAUAAGCCAUCAUCUGUUUCCGUCUUGUAUCGAAAUGUUUCGAACUGUCUUCUCCAAUUUCGUUCGCUUUUUCUUCUCGUAUCUGAUUCUGAUCCUCGCAUUCACUAUAGCUUUCAACAUACUCUUGAGAAAUGACGGUUUCUCUGAUUCCGGUCUUUCGCUUUUCAAAACCAUCAUUAUGUUCACCGGCGAGUUUGACGCCAAUGACAUUUCUUUUUCUGUGUAUCCUGUCUGGAGCCGCAUUGUGUUCGUGCUGUUCAUCUUUUACAUAGUCAUCGUGCUGUUUAAUUUGCUUAAUGGUUUGGCAAUCAGCAACAUUGCCGAGAUUCUGAAUAAGGCCGAGAUUAUCGGACUAAUCUCCCGGGUACGCCUGGUCGCUUGUUUCGAAAAAAUGACAGUCGGGAAACCGUUCUGCUGGAAUUCUAAAUGGACGUGGUCGAAUCCUUUUAAUUUCUUUUCCAAAAAGGUUCUUCUCUUUCCACAUUACCUCAAAUGCGGUAAGAUAAGUUUCAAACCUUACGAUGAUAAUCUGAUUGUUUAUGAUGGCGAUAGGCAUAACGUUGAUGGCUAUUCCAUGGAUUGGUCCACUUUGAAAAUGGAUCCUAACAUAGUCAAACAUGCUAAGCAGGUUGUCUACGAGAAGAAUGAACUGUCGAAUAACGAUAUAAUGAAUGAACUUGCUAAGUUUCAAACAAGAUUGACACAGAUAAAAGUUACUUUGAGAUGUGAAUAUAAUGCUGAAGAAAACAUUAUUUAAAAUUAAAUUUGAGAGGCUUUCUUAAGUAAGUGCUUAAGUAAUAAAAUACAUGUAAAAUGAGAAGAUUAUAUAAAAGAUAUAAUAGUAUUUUUUAAUCAAUAUGUAGAAAUUAAGAAAUGGAAUAAAAUAAUAGAUAGGAGAGAGAGAGAGAGAGAGAGAGAGAGAUUAUAAAUGUAGAGAAGAUCACAGAAACGGUAAUCUUAAUUGACACAAGUAUAAGCGUCACUUUGAAACAUUGAAGAUUUAAGAGUUAGAAGAAUUAUUUGAAUCUAUAUGUGUGACAUAACAAGAUUAUUUUUUUACAAAACUUACAAUUUUAAGAAAUAAAUGACUUAAAUGGUUUAUUUAAUGAUAAGACUAUCUUCGCAAUAAAAAGCUUUAUAACUUU